AUGUAUGCAUCGGAGUCGGUGGUGUACUCGACAUCGUUGGAGGUGGAAGAGGACAAGGAGUGGAGAUAUAGGCAUUGCAAAUCGGCACGAACACUGGCAAUGUCAUAUAUUACACUGAGGGACCAUGACACUAUUAAUGUGGGAGUAUAUAAGACGCCCUCCUCACAAGCUUUAUUGACAGUGCUCGCCGUUUCGGCGUAUGCGGCCCCUCAAGGAUAUUCCUUGCCGUCACCCUCCGGACCUGGAUUUACCACAAAACCAAGACCUCAUCUUGGAAGUGGACUUAUAGCUAGUUCUGGCAUUUCUGCUGCUGGAACAGUAUCAGGAACUGCUAUUGGAUUAGGUCAUAUAUCUGGACAAGGAACCCCAGCAGGACUUGGUUUGACUUCAGGAGAAGGUAUCUCUUCAGGAACAAACCGUGUGACAGAGCAGAGUAUUUCUCCUGGAUCAGGCGUCUCUUUCGUUACAUCAGAAAUUGAUACAGGAUCUGGUACUGACAGAGCCGAUGUUGUGUGUAAGGAAGGAGAAAUUCUGCAUGUGGAUGGUACUUGUGUAGUUCCAGAAGUAUCUAGAAAAGUGUUUGUUUUUGAUGUUCCUCAACAGGAGCAGCUGACAGGUCCCCCACCAAGUGUUCCACCACCAAAGGUGGAUCACAACAUCCUCUUCGUGCGUCUUCCUGAAGAAGGACUCGGACCUGAACCCAUCGUGGUUCCUCCACCAAGACAGAACAAUAUCGUCUACGUACUCAACAAGCAAGGAGAACAGUCCCAGAGAGUGAUCGAGGUACCCGCUCCUCCACCCUCAGAGCCUGAGAUUUACUUUGUGAAUUACGAAGAGGGUGAAAACCCGACUCUUCCAGGAGGUGUUGAUCUUCAUACUGCUCUUGGUUCCGCCGCUGAAACCGGUGGUGAAGUCAUUGGUACCUUCGGAGCAGACGGAGGACUUCAAGGAAGUACAGGGGACCAGGCUGGUGUAGGCAGUUUUGGUGUUCUACAGGGUAAUGUGGGUGUAGGCAUCGGAGUCGGUAUUGGGGGAGGAAGUACCGGAGUAUCCGGCAACGUUGGAAGUGGAAGAGGACAAGGAGGAAGUGCAGCUGUAGGUACCGUCGGAGGAACUGUUGGUGCUAAUGCUGGAGUGAUUCAGGGCAAUCUGAACGUCCCUUCAGGCCUAUAUGGCACUCCUUAA